GACAGCUUUUAUCGCAGAUUGUCCACUGUCUGCGAAAAUCAAAAUAAAAAUUUAAUUUUGAUAAUUUAUUGAGGUCUGUCUUUAUUGUCUGGUGCUGCUGUACUGCAUUUCUUUUCUUCUUUUCUUUUGUUGUUUUUCCAUAAUAAUUGUAAUGCGACACAAUCUUAAUUAAGCAUCAAGAAAAUUAAAACAAACUAUUAAUCACCGUCAGUAAUCAAAAUGGAUUUCGUACGCCCCAUCCUAAAUUGUUUGUCGAAAUUCUGCAGUUGUAUCAACUGUGCCGAAGAUCUUGGCACCCAGGGUUUAGAACCAAACGAACGCACACAUCUGCUUGUUGACCCAGUCAACAAUAGUCCUGCUUUGCGUCGAACAAAUUCCGACAAUCUCAGCAAUGAAUAUUCACAGUCUUUGCCAAAAAAGGACGAGCAGAAUGCUCUUAGUCGACUUGUCCAAAAUACAGAAGUAAAUAUGAUUGAUGUUGGUGCCAUGGAUUCUCAUAACAUAGAACAUCAGGAGUACAACGAUCGAAUAAAAUUGUAUAACCAGCGCCUUAUGCAGCAAUGGAAUACAGUCCAGCAUCCGGGAAUAGUGCCAAUGGGUUUCCUUAAGGACAUACCCAAUCCGGAAUACUAUUUGACUUCUGUUCCAAUAUCUGCCGUAGAUCUUGCUCAAAUUAAGUCAGCUGUUAGUAAAGCAAAAGUUGCUGUGGAUGAAAUCAGAGUCGAACAUAAUGAAGAUAUCGUGGUGCCUUUUCGUAUUCCCUAGACUUUACAUGAACAAAGAGCUUUCCUUUUGAACUUGUUCAUAGCGACAUCAUUUGAAUUGGCUUGAAUUCAUAAUGGAAACAUCAACAACUCUCACAAAAACCACACACAACACGAGACACCACACACACAGCUUCCAACUUAUAUAAAUCUAUGUUUCCCCUAUUUCUUUUCUUUACACUAAAUAUUCUAUCAACUUAUAAACACGUUAAUUUUUUGGUUUAAAUUCUAAGCAAGUGCAUUUUCUUAAGCGCUAUUAUUCAUAUAUACUAAACUGGUAAUUUUUUAGAAAUAACCUGGAAAGUUAAUUAAAAUAGAACGUAACUAUUUUAAGUUAUUAAACAGCUGCUUCUUGCUUAUAACAAAACAAAAAACAAAAACAACCACAACAACAACAAUAAUAAUAAUCAUGGUAUAGUUAUAAAUAGUUACAACUUACUCUCUUUCUUGGAAGCCUAUAAACUUGUAUAUUGGUUCCAACACGUUAUCCCUAUUGUUAAUCUUUAUAAUUUACAGUCAAACCUAACAUUUAUUGAUUAGUAAUCAAAAAACCUAUGUGAAAAGUAAUAAAAUCCUUUAUUAAUAAACAAUUUGUAAUUUUCA